AUGGAGGUCACGCAGAUCCCCGCGCAUCAGGCCGAGCCCGCCGACUCGAUCGGCAAGGAAAAGGCGAUGAGCGUGGACGUGGACGUGGACGCCAAGUCGACGUCGCCCUCGUCGCUCGAGGACGAGCCCAUCACGGACAUCUUCGUGCCCCUGCCGGCCAUCAAGGGCAUCCCCGAGGAGCACAGCCCGCUGACGGUCCGCGCCGUCGUCACGGGCAUCUGCUUGGGCUCCCUCGUCAACGCGUCCAACGUCUACCUCGGCCUCAAGACCGGCUUCACCUUCCCGGCCACCAUCUUCGGCGCCAUCUUUGGCUUUGGCGUCAUCCGCCUGCUCUGCAAGGUCUUCCCCAACGUCCCCGGCGUCGGCGGCUUCUUUGGGCCCCAGGAGAACUCCAUCAUCCAGGCCGCCGCCACGGGCGCCGGUGGCAUGGCCGGCAUCUUCGUCGCCGGUCUGCCGGCCAUGUACCAGCUGGGCCUCAUGGGCGCCAACCCCAAGGAGGACUUUGGCCGCAUCCUGGCCAUCACCGUCGUCUGCGCGCUCUUUGGCCUCUUUGCCGCCGUGCCCCUGCGCAAGUUCUUUGUCAUCAACGUCGCGCGGGAGCUCAACCUCGUCUUCCCCUCGCCCACGGCCACCGCGGUCGCCAUCCGCUCCAUGCACGCCGUCGGCAGCGGUGCGGCCGACGCCAUGAAGAAGAUCAAGGCCAUUGGCUUCGCCUUUAUCGGUGCCUUUGCCCACAUCAUCGUCUCCCAGUACGCCGAUGGCAUCCUCCACAACUGGCACUUUUUCGCCUGGAUCUUCUCGACCACCGGCUACUGGAACCAGACCGCCCUCGCGGCCGACAACUGGGGCUGGUACAUCCAGCUGACACCCGCCUUCUUCGGCUCCGGCAUGCUCGUCGGCCUCAACGCCGCCCUGUCCUGGUUUGGCGGCACCGUCUUCGCCUGGGCGCUGGCGGGCCCCCUGCUCGUCAAGUACGGCGAGUGCGCCGGCGUGGCGAUUGUCGAGGAGGGCAAGUGGAAGGGCAUGAUCAGCUACAACUCCAUGGGCGGCAUCUCGGAGCCCGGCUACGUGCCCUCCCCGCGCUACUGGUUCCUCUGGCCGGGCGUCAUGGUCCUCGUCGUCUACGGCCUCGUCGAGUUCGUCCUCCACUUCAAGAUCAUCUGGACCGGUCUCCUCAUGAGCAUGCGUCGCUCCGCCGCCACCCUCCACGCCCGCCUCCAGGCCCAGGGCAAGACCAACGCCUGGGUCGAGAAGCAGGCCGCCAAGGCCGUCGACCAGUCCGAGCUCGUCCAGGACUUUGCCACGCCCGACCAGCAGGUCCCCGUCUGGAUCUGGGUCACGGGCACCGUUGUCUUCGCCGUCAUUGGCGCCAUCAUCGUCCACGUCCAGUACGACAUGAACGCCGGCCUCGGCAUCCUCGCCUGCAUCCUCGGCUUCCUCUUUGCCUUUAUCAGCAUCUACGGCGGCGCCGUCACCGACACCACGCCCCUGACCGCCUCCUCCAAGGCCUCCCAGCUCAUCUUUGGCGGCAUCACCCACAACGCCGGCCACUCCAUCCCCGACGCCCAGCGCAUCAACCUGAUCGCCGGCAACAUUGCCUCGGGCACCGCCAGCGUCGCCAGCGACCUCACCAGCGACUUCCGCGUCGGCUUCCUCCUCCGCACCCCGCCGCGCCUCCAGUUCUACGCCCAGGCCAUUGGCGCCGUCGUCGCCGUCUUCCUCGCCCCGGGCAUCUUCGUCCUCUUCAUGUCCGCCUACCCCUGCGUCUGGGACCCCAAGCUCGUCAACGACCCGACCACCGUCUGCCCCUUUAACGCCCCCUCUGUCUUUGCCUGGAAGGCCGUGGCCGAGGCCGUCACCCAGCCCACCCUGCCCAUCUCCCGCUCCUGCGGCAUCUUCACCAUUGUCAUGGGCGUUGUGUCGGCCCUCCAGGCCGUCCUCAAGCACUUCUUCCUCACCGGCUCGCGGGAGAAGUACCGCAACUACCUCCCCAACUGGAUGAGCAUCGGUGUCGCCUGGGUUCUGGGCGCCGACUCUGGCUAUGCCAAGUAUGUAUGCCUCGCCCUCCCUUUGUCGAUCUUUGCUAACCGAGACAGUGCUGUCAUGAUGGGCGCCAUUACCGCCUGGUGGUGGAACAAGUGGUUCGGCAAGAGCUUCGAGUCCUACGGCAUCGGCAUCGCUGCUGGUCUCAUUGCGGGUGAGGGUCUCGCCGGUGUCGUCAACGCCGCCCUCGAGCUCGGCGAGGUCAGCGGCAGCUUCAAGGGAACCACUGUCGGUAUUCCGGGAUCGUACUAG